UUCUGAUUGUUUGUCUGUUGUUAAAGGAGCGGUGAAUCAAAUACUCAAUUUUAACUUGAUAAUUUGUUAUAUAAGAGGUCAUCAUACUUAAAUGAACAUCCUGCAAGUUUCAGAACUGAAAACGUCCGUGCUACUGAAAUAUAACCGUUUUUGGCACCAAGCCAGUAAAACAAGCCAGUGUGGAAUUCGGAAAUCUAUGACGUCAAAGUAGAAUUGAAGUACCGCCCCAUAGCCAAAUACAAGGACCACUUUUGAAGUCCCGCCCACAGCUUCGCGUGACACACGUGUGUCUCAACAAGUAAAUAUGUCUUUAAAGAUUGACAAAUGUAACCAAAAUGACUUUUAAAUACAUUUUUUCUGAUAGACUUUUAUUUUGACGCGGUGAUCUGUUAUGAAAGACUGGAAACGCAUUUUCGGUUGUGGAAGAACCGCGUGGGAACAACACAGAAGCUAAAUACUUUAAUUCAGAGGCUUGGAACAUAACAUUAAAUGCCUGGAAAAAGUUUGCUUUUUAAGAAGUUCCAGCUCGUGUGGGGAGUGUUUGUUAACUUUGUGUACACGGAUUUAUUUGGAAAGAAGUCGAUGCUGGAUUUGCAGAGAGACUGUGAUUAAAAGCACCACUUAUAUUGGAUCUGACAACAAUGACACAGCAUUAUACACAAGGGGAAUCAAAAUCCACGGACCAGGAAACCAUGCCGCCGGUCCUGUUUGAAGGAGACUUGACAGCAGAAUGGGAUUUAAGUGGGUUAAGUGAUCGGUUUGUGAUGCGGUAAUCAUGAACGUCUGUCGUCAUCUGUUACGGAUCCAGUGUGUUGGGUGCUUUUCACGUUUCUUGACACCUGCCCAGAGAGUGAAACUGCACCCCCACCAGCAGACCCCUGCACUACAACAAAACUAUGUCCAGGUGCUGAGGUCAUUUCAUUAUAGUGCAGUACGUCCCACGAGUCAAAAGGAGCUUAAAAAGGCAGCGGAAUGUGAGACACAGAAUAAAGACAGAACUUUGGUCACACAUGAAGAUGUUUUCGAACGCAUUGCUAAACACUCAAAAACCAAAGCCGGUUUCAACAAGGUUGUAGAUGUUUUUAACAAGAAUGACAUUCGACGGCGGGGCCAUGUGGAGUUUAUUUAUGCUGCCCUGAAGAAGAUGCCAGAAUUUGGAGUAGAAGGAGAUAUUACUGUUUACAACAAACUGCUAGAUGUGUUUCGCAAAGAAGUGUUUGUGCCACAGAACUUUAUACAAAGGAUGUUUAACCACUAUCCAAGGCAGCAAGAGUGUGGAGUGCAGCUGCUGGAGCAGAUGGAGAAUUAUGGUGUCAUGCCCAAUGUAGAGACCAAGAUUUUACUGGCUCAGAUAUUUGGGGAGAAGAGCCAUCCGAUGAGAAAGUACCAGCGUAUCAUGUAUUGGUUUCCCAAAUUCAAGCACGCCAACCCCUACCCUAUCCCACAUGUACUUCCUAGUGAUCCAGUAGACCUUGCUCGAUUUAGUCUUACUCGCAUCGCCAGCGACCCUGAUGCAAAAAUAACAAUCUAUCAGUAUCCAUCAACAGAUGUCAUGGAAACAGAAGAGGAUGUGUUAAGACCUUAUAUUAUAGGUAUACAAAGUCCAAAGCAGCGCUCUCUUCUGGCCAAACACAAUUCUUGCAGGCCUGUGUUUGUAGAAGGCCCAUUUCCACUGUGGCUCAGAAAGACUUGUGUUCAGUAUUUCCUGCUAAGGGCAGACCCUGUACCACCUGAGGAAAAGAUGGAAGAAGAAUUUGACCCUGAGUUGAUCGGACCUGAGCAGUCUCUCUUCUACCCUCAGCGAGUGGAACUUGACUUGGAAAGAGACAUGGGUGAUGAUGACAGUUUUGAUGUGGACGAUGUGGAAGAGGGGCCAGUUUACGCAAUGUGUAUGGCAGGUCAGGGUGACCAAGCCACUCUGGCUCAAUGGAUUUCUGGUCUCCAGGAGACCUGUCCCAUAUUAGGACAGAUCCCCACAGUGUUCCGUCUGAAUUCUGGAUCUAGAGAACUUCUAACCUCCUCAGAUGCUCAGCAGAGCCCAAAGGAGGGUCCUGAAACGGGAUCUGAAACAGACCAUAUUAUUGAAGAUGAAGUGUUACACUCACAGGGAGUGAAACAGUGAGAAUUUGGUGUUUUACUGUGCUAAUACCAGUGGUUCAAUAGGUCUUAUAUAUUGUGGUACACAUGUAAAUCUAACGAGGAACCUCAGUUUUAAGACAGUAGACAGAUUGUCAAGACUGAAAAGAUCACAGGGGAUAUAAAUCUUUUCCUCAUAUUACUGUGAAAUACAAUUUUCAUAACUUACACAAUUAGUGUUUUUCUUUUUGUUGGAGAGUGGACAUUUUGAUGACAUGCAGUGUGACUUUAUAUUAUGCAAGUCACUUUUAAGAGUCACAUUGAUGAUGUGUAUAAAGGUCGUAUGUACAACGAAAUAUACAUUUCCCCAAAAUUUUGGUUCAGCAGACUUUUUUUAGAUAUAAGACUUUUUUCCUGUUUAUUUCAAUCCUUGACUUCUCUUAGAAGUCGGUCUAUAUAUACACAUUAUAGAAAAAUGUAAUUAUGCGAAGGAAAAUUUUUUUUAUCUAUAAUUGAUAUUGAGAUAUAGUAAUAUCUUUCCUCUAAGUAACUUUUAGAGUAGCUAUUCUAUGCAAAAGUAGGCAAUCAAACAUUAAAAUGUAACAUUCAGAACAACUCUAACACACAUUUAACAUUCACAGACAAAAAAAAUAUACAGAUGCUACAAAAGUAUUAUGACAAAAC